UACUUGCUCCUCAAAUUGCUGUGACAGCAACGCUAACUUAAAUUCACAAAGUGCACAUUUGGAUAAUUGAAUAUCAGCCCCCUUCUGGUCACGAUAAGAACAGCGUACUGUCCUUGUUAAAUUGUAGCUUUAUAUUAUGAUUGCAAAUGUACAUUAUAGUUGAAGUAAUAAAAAAAAAACAACAACAACAAAAAAAAAAAACAGUCUUACAGCAUUCAAAUGUACUCUUCUUAAACUCUGUCUGCAGCCUUGGUGCUGACAGGAUUUCAGCUUCAUCAAACAGGUACCUUUCGUUGCAGAGUGUAAAGUGUAUCAAAAACGGGCACAGGAAGAAUUUAGUGAAGAUGUCUAGGGAUUAAACGAAAUGGGGAUGAUGUCACUGUGUCUGGAAAAUAAUAAAUGAUGCAGCCAAAAAAGAAAUGGAAAGAUCCCGCGUCACUUGUGGUGUUAGUAUUCAUCCCACGUUAAAUCAAGUCCAUAGUAAUUUCAAUGAACUGGCUCUCUUGUUCAAUCUCCAAGCGGACAGCUUCUCCUGAUGAUAAAAUCCAAGGGUGUCCAUCCUCACCUACUUCAUCAGCCUGUUGCACCGAGACUGUUGGGAUUUAUUGGCAUUUGCUGGUUGUUUUUUUUUUUUUUUUUUUUUUUUUUUUUUGAUUAACUGCAAGUAGGGAUCGUCGUUGUCGACGUGGUUUUGUACUUCAAAAAAGUUACAUAUAAAAGGAAUUCCAGACUGUUCCGCAUGUGAUUUGUGUGGAAAUAAAUGCACUAAGAUGUUCUCUGUAGUUGCUGCUGUGUCUCUGUGCAUCAGCGCAGGUGUGCUGGUCCGGGGUGCUCCCUGCGAGCCUGUCAAGAUACCUAUGUGCAAGAGCAUGCCUUGGAACAUCACUAGAAUGCCCAACCAUCUCCAUCACAGUACCCAGGAGAAUGCCAUCUUGGCUAUUGAGCAGUACGAAGAGUUGGUGAAUAUCGACUGCAGUUCAGUGCUGCGGUUCUUCCUCUGUGCCAUGUACGCACCCAUCUGCACCCUUGAAUUCCUUCACGAUCCCAUCAAACCGUGCAAGUCUGUGUGCCAGAGAGCCCGCGAUGGUUGCGAGCCCAUCUUGCGGAGAUACAACCACAGCUGGCCGGAAAGCCUGGCGUGUGACGAUUUACCUGUGUAUGACAGGGGGGUCUGCAUCUCUCCAGAAGCGAUUGUCACCGAUUUACCUGAAGAUGUGAAGUGGCUGGACUUUUCAAGGGACAUGAUGCUCCAUGAAACACCACAAGCGUCUGACUGCAAAAGCUGGAGUUCAGCAGAUAGCUGCAGGUGCAGAAAAAUGAAGCCAACGUUAACAACCUACCUUGAAAAGAAAUACAGCUAUGUUAUCCAUGCUAAAGUUAAAGGAGUAAGUAGAAGUGGCUGCAAUGAAAUAACAACCGUGGUGGAGGUUAAAGAGACGUUGAAGUCUUUAACUCCCAUCCCGCGAUCUCAUGUUCCUAUAAUCACCAACUCAUCCUGCCAGUGCCCACAGCUUUCCCCUAAUCAGGAUGUACUCAUCAUGUGCUACCAGUGGCGCUCUCGGCUGAUGCUGCUGGAAGGCUGCUUUGUUGAAAGAUGGAAAGACCAACUAGUCAAGAGGUACAAGCGAUGGGAACAAAGAUUGCAGGAACAGCAGCUGCGUGUAAACUACGAAAAGAACCAGAAUGCUGGCCGCAGUGGACAAACCCCUAAACUAAACCCAAAGACAUCAAGUUCAACCCAUGGGAGUCCAAAGAAAACAGUAAAAAACAAGAACACUCAGAGAGAAGCAAGAUCCAAGAAACCAUAAGUUGUGAAAUGUGUGACGCCCUUGCAUGACGAGGGUUGGGCAGAUCCUUCACUGUCCUCAUACACUAUUCCUGCAGCAUAUCACAUCACAUUACAGCCAGUGCAAAUGGUUUUGCCCUAAACGUGUGGUUAUCAUUUAUCAAGCUUACUCACAUUUCAUAAUUAUCGCAAUGUGUGCUCUCCCAUAUUCCUUGCUGACAGCAUCUGGGUAUGCCUUUUGACAGUACAGUAUAGCUAAUUAUGAUGUUUUCAAAUAUCUGGGGGUUUUGUUUGUUUUUUUGUUUUUUUUGGUUUACACUUUUUGAAAAUGUUCUUUUUUUAGAAUGUGUAUGUACUUCAGACUGGCUUCUGUUGUUUUCUCCUUAUUUAAAAGUUCUCUGUAUGAAAAAAAGUGUUCCUUAGGGAAUUUCAGAAUAACUUGACAGUGCUGAUAAGUCCCUGGCUUGGACUUAAUUUCUGCCUUUAAUUUUGGCUAAUUGGAAGCUGUUUUGUUAGUAAAUGAUGUGACCCAUAUGCAGGCCAUAUGCAAUGCCAAAAUUAACCUCAAAUGAAUUCAACAAUAAAAGUAGCACUCAGAAGAGCUGUUGGGUUGCUUAGAUGCUUUUUCAAAUACUAACAAACAGUACUGGAUACUUUUCUAUUUUUUUGCCAGGACAAUGUAAGGCGAAUCUAGUUAGAAUUUGGACACAAGGACACUUUUCAUAACAGUUUUUAUAGAUAAAUUGCUCAGUACAUAGCAAAAUAUAAUUAAAUGAGCCAUUAAAAUCUCUUAGGUGUUUUUCAUGUAAAAAAUAUUAUCAGUAUAAAAAAAAAAAAACAGUCUGAAAAAAGCUUUUAUGUUGAAAGUGUCAUUUAAACCUUUCUCUUACUGGAAGUGGUAUAGUAGCUUGUCUCCCAGAGUGGGAAGCAGUUAUACAGGAAAGGGAAACUUGAGUCCAUAAUGUUCUACUGAUAAAACACUGUUGACUGUCAGUGUAUGCUUUCUGAUAAAGUAUUAAAAAAAAAAUGGACUACUAGUAAAUAAAAAGAAAAAGUCUAAUUAAAAAUGGAGACAAUAUUCAGCAGUUUCAUGUAUGGAACUAAGGCCUGGAUUAAAUCUAAAUGACAAUGAAGCUGUAAUGAAUGUACAUUACAAGAAAUUUGGAUUUAUUUCAUGCAUAAUAAGUAAGUAAAUCUUAGGUUCACUUAUUUUUAUUUCUUUUUUUUUUUUUAAUCAGGCUUAAUUGCAUGCCUCAAUGUUGUUUUUAAUGAGUUGAACACAACUGCUGGAACAGCUUUUUAAAAGUCUAUGUCACAUCAUUUUUUAAACAGAUGGUCGUUUCUCGUGACACAAAGACAAUAGGUCUACACCACAAUGUGCAGCAUUCCCUCACACUUCUUCGAAGUUCCACAUUCCUGUUACUGAAAUAAAAUAUAUUAC